AUGGAACGGGAAGCAACAAAAGAAGUGAUUCAGAUUGGGAUGAGGUCGAAAGCUAAGAAACUCUAUGUUCCCAAACACCUGAUGAGAGAAGCUAACAAAGCUGAACUUGAUGGAUUUCACAAGAGGGUGAAGAGAGUUCCUAAGGGUAUGACUUUUGAGGAAGCCUAUUAUAAGUACAGACUUGGUAAUUUUUUCAGAGAGAGCAGAGAGACAGAAAAGGACAUGGAGAUAUUAUUCAACAAGGUCUGCCGUAAGCCUAAGAGGACUCUCAAGAAGGAACAAUAUCCUGGAAAGUUUCUAAUUCCAUGCUCUAUAAAUAACCACGAUUUGCCAAACGCCCUCUGCGAUACUGGAUCUGCAGUGAGUAUCAUGGCUAUAGACACUGCUGAAGUAUUAGGAUUAAAGACGAAACCUUCAAAAGAUAGUUUCGCUUUCGUUGAUAACUCCAAAGCAAACUCAGCAGGCAUGAUCAGGAAUGUUAAAGUGGAGAUAGGAGAAUGCACUAUUCCUGUGGAUUUUCAUGUCGUGGAGCUCAAAUCAGGCAGGACAUCUUCCCUUCUUUUUGGAAAAGCCUUCAUGGCUACAGUGGGAGCAGUUUGUGAUCUUAAGAAGAAUAGGAUGUGCCUAACUAAUGUUGAUGAAAAUGUCUUCUAUGAUCCUGUGGAGAAGAAGAAAAGUGAAGAUUUGAUUUCAUACAUAGAGAUGUUUGAAGAUUCAGCACCUCUAACAUAUGGAGAUCGCGAGUUUGCAAAAUCAGGAUCAACAUCGAUCGACAUUCAACUUUCAAGAUCGGUCGACAAUGAGCCUCACGAAUCGACCGACACAGAGCCUUUAGAAUCGGUCGACAGCAUCCAAAUUUCAGAACAGAACGAGACUGAAAAGUCUAAGUCUAGGGGAAGACCUAGAAAGAGGAAGAAGAAAAUAAAAAGGAAUAUAAAUGCAUAUUCUCUAUCACGGGUCCCUUCUCAGUGUCAGGAGGAAAGUCUUGAGUGUAGAGUGCGCCGCAGAGGAGGUCCAGCUUCAUUUGCUAAGGUUAGAGUGCUAUCUGAUCCAAAACUGAGAGACAAAGGGGAAGCAUCUGCAAGAGCUUUCAUCAACUGCAUCAACCAAAUGAGGAAGAGAGACACAGAAACUUGUUUUGGAGCAAGUUCACAUCCUCAUCCAGAUUAA